GUGCUAUUACAGAUAACGAACCAGAACAACUUUGGGAAGAAGGUUUGAGUGAAAAUAAUAGUACCUCCUCAGAAGGUUCAGACUCUCCAGUCCUGCAACAUAGUAAUAGAAAGAGGAGGAAUGUUGAUUAUAAUGUGGGGUCCCCACCAAGGAAGCACAACAAAAAUAAGCUUGUAAGUUAA